GAGUGAGUCUUGAGUGAGUGGUGCAUGCUGACUUGUGACUCGUGACUGUGACUGACUUGGCUGCCAAAUCCUUAAGUUUGGCACGAGCUUGGCGGGCACAUGUGACGCAAACGAAACGGACUUGUAGCUCUGUGGGUCCGAUCGACCAAACUUCAUACUCACGCCUUCAAAUCGCCUUGGCACGUAGGCUUUGCGCCUCAACCAGACACCAAAAGCGCCUCCUUGUAGCUCGCAGCUCGCAACGAUGUGCGGCAUCUUGGCCAUCCUGCUCGCAGCUCAGCGAACGGCAGUAGCGCCAGAGAUCAACGAGGGCCUGUCCCUUUUGCAACACAGAGGCCAGGAUGCCGCUGGUAUCGUGACUUGCGGACCUGGUGGAAGGUUCUACCAGUGCAAGGCGAAUGGAAUGGUCAGGGACGUCUUUGACGCGGGUGCCCUUGCAAGGUUGCAGGGUAGCAUGGGUAUCGGUCAUGUCCGAUACCCCACCGCUGGCUCAUCAGCACACGCUGAAGCUCAACCAUUCUACGUCAACAGCCCAUACGGCAUCGUCUUUGCCCACAAUGGCAACCUCAUCAACACCUCUGAGCUCAAGCGAUUCUUGGAUGCUGAAGCUCACAGACACAUCAAUACAGAUUCGGAUUCAGAGAUGCUGCUCAACAUCUUUGCCAACAAUCUGCAAGCCACCGGCAAAUUUCGUAUCAACGAGGAAGACAUCUUCACCGCCAUCGGUGGUCUCAUGAAGCAGUGUCACGGGGGCUACGCGUGCGUGGCCAUGCUGGCAGGAUUCGGCAUCAUCGCUUUCAGAGAUCCCAACGGCAUUCGUCCGGUGGGCAUGUGUCGCAGGAAAUCCUCCGAGGGGGCCGAUCUCGGCGACGAUUGGUGCUUCACUUCCGAAUCUGUCGUCUCCGAUGCUUUGGGAUUUGAGGAGUUCCAAGAUGUCCGACCGGGAGAAGCGGUGAUCAUUACCCGAAAUGCGGUAUCAAGGAGAGUGCUCACUCCUCAAGCCACAUCCGACAAUGGCUACGCUUUUGCUCCCGACAUCUUCGAAUACGUCUACUUUGCCAGACCGGACAGCGUGCUGGAUGGUGUGAGCGUGUACAGGAGCAGGAUGGCUAUGGGGGACAGACUCGCCGAAGAAGCUCGUAGAGUGCUCGCUCAAAGAGGCGAGACUGUGGACGUGGUGAUACCCGUGCCCGAUACCAGCCGAGUAGCCGCACUGCAAGUAGCGCAAAAGCUGGGCAUCCCUUACAGAGAAGGAUUCGUCAAGAACAGAUAUGUCGGUAGGACUUUCAUCAUGCCUGGUCAAAGUCAGCGUCGUAAGAACGUCAGACGCAAGCUGAACGCUAUGGCUUUGGAGUUCAAGGGCAAGAGCGUGCUCCUGGUGGAUGACUCCAUUGUUCGAGGAACGACUAGCCGAGAAAUCAUCCAAAUGGCUCGAGAUGCAGGUGCAGUGAGAGUCGUGAUGGCCUCCUGCGCGCCCCCAAUCAGAUAUAGCCACGUGUACGGGAUCGACAUGCCCAACAGGCACGAGCUGGUGGCGCACGACCGGUCGGUGGAGCAGGUAGCGAAAGAGAUUCAAGCAGACGUGGUCAUCUAUCAGACCUUGCAGGAUCUAAUCUCUAGCGUACAGCAAUUCAACCCCAGCUUGAGGAGCUUCGACUGUUCAGUCUUUGACGGCAAGUACGUCACGGGAGGCGUAAACGAUGCUUACCUGGCACAUCUGGAAGGACUCCGCAGCGAGAACGCCAAGAUCAAGGCAAAGUCGACCAGAUUGCCCAACGGUGCUGGAUCGGAGGACACGCGAGGAUCGGGAGCCAUUGAGGCAGCAGUGGCAGUAGCCACACCACCUGGUGAAGGGGCCAACGAUCCCAAAAUGGCCGUCCCAGAACACACCGAGAUGGUGGUCAAGCAAGAUGAACCAGAAAGGGCUCGUGCUCGCAAUGGAUCAGCGGUACACAAUGGCAUCAAGGAGGAUGUGACUAGAAAUCACAGCAAGAAGGAGUCGGACGGAGAUGGCUAUCUGAACUGCAAUGGCCCUAUGGGUGGAGGAGACGAGCUAGGAUCUAGCAGUCACAAUGGCUCGGAAGAUAUUGGGCUGCACAACGAUUGGAGGAGGUGACCUCGAUCAUCACGGGCCUGUUGUUUCUGGUAUCACUGCACGCCGAGUCUGCUCCCUCUCCGCUUCUUGACGCUACUCGCACGUCCCGCCUUCCUCUCCCUCUCUCUUUCUCUCUCUACUCCAUUCAAGUAUGUAGUGUGCCGCGCCUCCUCUCUUUAUUGGUCCCUGAUGUCAUUUGAAAUGGUCCUCGCGCUCACUUCGAUGGCCUUGCUCAUGAGGAUGGUGACAACCCUGGCUGCCCCUCUCUCUCGUCAUCACGUCUAUAUAGAUUCAAAAUCGAUCAGACAAGAUUCUCGCG